AUGGGGCCGUGGGCGCUGAGGGCCGCGCUGCUGUGCCUGGGCGGCGUCCUCGUGCUCUCCAAGCUCCACACGCCCGACAGGGAUGGCCCCACCCCGGCGCAGGAAGAGGCCAGCAAGCCAGGGCCGGAGGCCGGGGCCCCGGAAGAGGAAGAGCCCUUCACGAAGGGUUGUGGAAUAGCACCACUUAGGGGUGCACUGGAAGGGUCUCGGAUCAUAGGAGGUACACGAGCUACUACUGGCGCCUGGCCGUGGUUAGUCAGCCUGCAGGUUCAGGACGGCGAUUUUCUUGUGCAUAUAUGUGGUGGUGCCUUGGUGAGAGAAAGGUGGGUCCUCACAGCCGCCCACUGCACUAAAGAGGCUAGUGACCCUCUCAAGUGGAGAGCAGUGAUUGGAACCAAUGACCUCUCCCGGCGCCGCUCCCACAUCAAGAAUAUUCAAGUAGUAGCAAUCAUCAUCCGACCAGACUUCAUUCUGGAAACUUUUGUAAAUGAUAUCGCGCUGUUCCGUCUAAGGAAAGCUGUGAGGUAUAAUGACUAUAUUCGGCCUAUUUGCCUACCUUUUGGUGUUUUCCAAAAACUGGACCAAAACACAGAGUGUUUUAUAAGUGGCUGGGGAAGAACCAAAGAAGAAGGCAAUGGUACAAACAUCCUACAAGAAGCGAAAGUGCACUUCAUUUCUCGAGAGGUCUGUAAUUCUGAGAGGAGCUACGGAGGAGUGAUCCCUAGCACCUCGUUCUGUGCUGGUCAUGAGAAUGGGACCUUUGACACAUGCAGGGGUGACAGCGGUGGCCCACUCAUGUGCUAUUUACCGGAAUACAGGAGAUACUUUGUGAUGGGCAUCACCAGUUAUGGCCAUGGCUGUGGCCGGAGACAUUUCCCCGGGGUCUACAGUGGCCCCGUCUUCUUCCAGCAGUGGCUCACAGAGCAUUUCUCACGGGGCAGUACUAUGCGAGUGUUCCAGGCAGACGUGGGGCUGGGCCAGAUCCUCGUGGCUUUAGGCCCUGUCAUCCUUCUAGGAGUGACAUAA